AUUAAUAUAAACAAAUAUAGAAAGAUGUCUAUUUAUACAUUUCUAAUUAUUGGGAAAAACGAUAAUCCAUUAUAUGAAAUCGAAUUUCCAGUAAAUACACAAAAGAAAGAGACUUAUGCCCAUCAAUAUAUAGCACAUGGUUCAUUAGAUAUAGUAGAAGAAUAUGUUUGGAAAACAAAUAAUAUGUAUUUAAAAAUAAUAGAUAAGUUUAAUAAAAACCAUAUAUCGUCAUUUGUUACUGCUGGUCAUAUUAAAUUUAUGCUCCUUCAUGAAAAGAAGGAUGAAGAUGCCAUUAAAAACUUUUUUGUGGAUGUUCAUGAUCUUUAUUUAAAAAUUUUAUUAAAUCCAUUUUAUGAAUAUAAUAAGCCAAUCACUUCAACAGCUUUUGAUGCAAGAGUCAGAAAAAUAGGAACAAAGUAUUUCUCAUAAACUAAUAAUAAAUAAUAUCUACAAAUAAUAAUAAUAACAACAUUUUGUAAAAUAAAAUUAAAUAAAACUAAAAUAAAUCAAAUCAGCAUAAAAUGGUUUUUUUUGU